UAUUGUUUAUUUCAGGUAUGUUCCAAAACAUGGUCCAGAUUUCCAGAAAGUACGAGUCAACUUUUUGCUUUUGGAAAGGAUAUGAACUCUUCGUCUUCGUCCAAGACGUCAAGCAUAUCGCGGCUUUGUUAUCAGACAGCGAGGAAGUGGGCAGACCUUGCAUUUAUAAAUACUGGGAGCCCUGGCUAGGAUCAAGUCUGGCGAUUGCUGAAGGUCAGAAAUGGAAAAUCCGUCGCAAGUUGAUCGCACCAGAAUUUCGUCCCUCAACUCUUGAAUCAAGUGUUCAGACCCUGAACUCCAGUACGGAGAACUUGCUGAACAGGUUGGCUACAUUCACUGGUGGGCCUGAGUUCGAUGUGCAUCCCUUUAUGAAUUUACAUGCUAUGGACAAUGUGUGUGAAACAUUUAUGGACGCGAAAAUCAACGCCCAACAAAACAGUGAAUCGGAAUUCGUAAGGGCAGUCAACGCCGCAUCUCACGCAGUGCACGAGCGAAGUAAAACCCCUCUUCUGCACCCCGACCUUCUAUUCCGCAUGUCGUCCUUGGGAAGAAUGCAGGCGAGAAAUCUGGCCACGCUGCAUGCCAGGAACAAGAUGGCCGUUGAAGAGAGGAAGGAACAACUGCUUCAUACAAAGGAUACAAAGGAUCGCGUUCCAAUCAUGGACGUCUUGAUUGAGCGAUCGAAAGACGGCAGAGUUUCUGGUGAUGUGGACCCGGCGGAGGAAAUGAACACAGUUUUAAUAGCAGGUUACAAAACAACGGCUGCAGCACUGAGUUUCGCUUGCUGGAUAUUGUCUCGGCACCAGGACGUACAGGAGAAAGUGCUGAUGGAACAGAAGGAAAUAUUUGGCGACUCGGAUCGUCCUGCCACCUACCGUGACAUUCAAGAAAUGAAGUACCUAGAAAUGGUAAUCAAAGAAACCAUCCGACUCUACCCAUCUAUACCAGUAUUCGGACGAAAACUGCAAAAGGAUUUCAAUGUCGGAGAUUUUGUCAUUCCUGCAGGCGCCAAUGUGAUGUUUCUGACUUACCAGAUACACCGGAACCCAAAAUAUUACCCGGACCCAGAGAAGUUCGACCCGGACCGUUUUCUGCCAGAGAACAUGAAGGGAAGGAGCCCGUACUGCUACCUGGCUUUUUCUAUUGGGGCCAGAAAUUGUGUGGGCAUCAAGUACGGAAUGCAGGCGAUCAAAGGCACGCUGUCCGCAAUGAUAAGAAAGUUCAAGAUUCUGCCAGGCAGCACGCCACUCUCUCUGGAUUCCAUGAUCACGCUGAAAUCACUAACUGGAAUGAAAGUCAGACUCGAAUCUAGAUAGAAAUCCAAGUUUCGUUCGCCCUGCUCAUGUUAUCGAAUUACUGCUUAGGCCUACAUAGACACAGGCCUUAAGUUCUAACCCUUUGUUCUGCCUACUUGUGGGUCGAAAUGUCAGGUUCACUAAUCCAAGAGAUGCUUACAAAUGAAUACACUUCACUAAAGUUGUUACUUUUGUAGAUCUAUAAAUGAAUAAUAGAACUGAAAUGAGCUGUGUUGUGUAUCAUGCUCACUUUAAAUUUCUUUAUCGCUUAUAAAAAUUUAUUUCUCUGUAACAGCAUAUGAUCUAUUUGAACUUUAUUUUUGGUGGUACUGCAUAUGAUGGUUUUGUAUGUUAAAGAACAAUAUGUAAUAAUUUACAACAUACAAAAUA